GCUAAGAGUGGAUAAACUUCGAGCUUAAACGUGUUGUGUUGUCGAUGACUGUUCCCCACGGGAUUUAUGACAUGGAUAUACGUGGAUAUUGGGUGUGGAAUCUUUGGGAUUAUUAUCUUCAACAGGUUAAAACACGUGGCCCGUCAUAUUUCAUGUAAGCUAAGAGAACACAUAGGAUGAUAUAACGCCACUAAUAAUGGUGCGCACGUACAUUUAUUUCAUCAUUUCUACGCAGCUCUGUGUCGUACUUAAACUACUUUAAAAUGACCAAAACGUGCUUCUCCGUAUACAAUAAUAAAUCCAAUGUGUUGGUCUGACGUUCAAUAACAGUGACAGAACGUCACUCGAUGGCUAGCACACAAGCUAACUUGGGAAAACAGAGGACCAGCUCUAUCCGUUAGACGCCGCCUUCAUUCUUGAAGCUAAAGAUGACGUCUCAUUAGUCAGUCGACGGUUCUUUACGUUGAUAUUUGAAUGAAAAAACUAUAAGUCGUCAUUUGUUUAUGUUGACCUUUGGAGAGUCUUACCUCUGCAGUCUGUAUUGCGCUUCGACCGGAAGACACCGAUAAAUUGACAUGCGCAGUAAGGGCCAGGAUGCAUUCAGGAUCCCUGAUGAUGAUGAUGCUGGAUUGAAACGCUGCAGAAAAAAAGGGAAGCACAUUACUCACUCAAGUCGAUGUCACGAUGAAUGUGUCAUCUUCCAGCAAAAACAUAUUUUCCAUAUAUGCCCAUACUGUGUCGGAAGAAGUUGAUUUGAGGUAACAUCAUGCGUCAGUGUCAGUGUCAGAUGGCUGCAGAGAGAGAAGGGCCAAAGAGCAAGCGCGUAAGAGGAAGUUAGUCAUUUUCCACCCCCAGAUAAUCACACACACCUUCAGAGGACGGUCAGGACAGACAUGCAAGAAGGUAACACAUUUUUCAAGGAACAACUCAGCUGUGUUAUUUUUAUUGUCUGGUUUUUAUUGUUUCUUGCGGUGUUAAUCGCUGCCAUCUAUUAUUAUUAUUAUUAUUAUUAUUAUUAUUAUUAUUAUCAUUCCUCACCUGCCAGUAAAAUGCUGAGUCCACCCAGUCAAGAGGCGAGUUCCGGAUGUGACACGGGGUCAGAGGUCAGCUCCGAACCCGAGACAGACCGCUUUGGCUUCAUCGUGUCCAAUGGAUCUAAAGCCUGGACUGCGGGUCCACAACCUGGACUGGUCAGACAGAGGGAAGCCAAGUGGAUCAACGUUAUGGACCAAUGGGAGAGCAUCUUGUCCAAGAAGAAUAACUUGGUCAAAGUUCAGUGUCAGAAAGGCAUCCCGUCCUCCCUGCGGGCCAAGUGCUGGCCUCGUCUGUGCGGCGCCAUCACCAGGAUGAACAGCAGCAAAGACCUCUUCCAGUCUCUGGACUCAAAGGUCGCCCUGCAGCAGUGGGUGAGCGUCAUUGAGAGAGACCUGGACCGCCAGUUUCCUUUCCACGAGAUGUUCCUCUCCAAGGAGCGACACGGGCAGCAAGACUUGUUCCGGGUGUUGAAAGCCUACACUCAGUACAAACCAGAGGACGGGUACUGCCAGGCUCAAGGACCAGUGGCUGCAGUCCUCCUGAUGAACAUGCCAGCGGAGGAGGCCUUCUGGUGUCUGGUGCAAAUCAGUGAGCUCUACCUACCAGGAUACUACAGCCCACUACUGGAAGGAGUCCUCUUCGAUGCCACGAUGCUGACCUGGGUGUUGAAAAGAGCAUGCCCCCCCGCACACAAACACCUGCAGCAGCACGGAGUGGAGCCCCUCAUGUUCGCCACGGACUGGCUGAUGUGUUUGUUCACGCGGCACCUGCCCUUCAACGCGCUGCUCCGAGUGUGGGACCUGUUUUUCUGCAAUGGGGUGCGGGUGCUGCUGCAGGUGGCCGCCGUGCUGGUACGCAGGGUGCUGGGUCGGGCCGAGCAAAGGAAGCGGUGCCAGGGCCAGAUGGAGACCCUGCAGAGGCUGAGGGACGUCAGGUGUGAGGUCCGAGAGGUGGAGGACGACUUCAUAGCGGAGGUGUGUGCCGUUCCCCUCUCAGCCAGCCAACUGGAGAGACGCACGGAGAAGGAGCUGGCCAGGUGGAAGAAGGACAGACCCUCGUCCACCUUCGACCCCAGAGGUCGCUGCCGGGGUUACCGUAUGGCGUGGGCGAGGGCUCAACUCAAGAAGGAGGAACUGGAAAAGAAAGCAGGAGAUAAUCUGUCUUUGCGCCUCCCCCGCUCGGCUUCCAGUCUAUCGCUGUCUACGUCCAGGCGGAGGAAAGGCGGGAACGUCGGGGAAAGAGUUCCGAGGCAACUCUCAAAGGACUGGAGGAGCUGCAAUGAGUUGAGCUUCAAGGAGGACAAAGAUGGGGGUGGACAGGGAGGAGACGCAGGAAGAGAAACGACACACCUUGAAGCGGUGAGACAGGAAAUGACGGAAUUGGAGCAGGACGACUCCAACGAGGCUGCCAAAGGCUCUCAAUCACGAACAGGAGCGAACGGGCCAGAUGACUGCAGCUCCUGGCAGGGAGGUGCUGGUGCGGAGGAAUAUCACAGGACUGAGUCACCAGAAAACACCUCGGAGAGGCCCCGCCCCCAAAGAAAGAAGCCCGGCGACACCCUGGCGCGGACCCAAGAAGGCGAUGCCGGGGAACACGCAAACACCACGCAGCAGGAACUGGCAGCUGGCGUGCAAAGUAGCGCCAAGAUACGUGACACGGUUAGCGUCGGUGGCCACAUCCAGCAGGGAGGAGGCGCACACGAAACGUGUCAAUCAAAGCUAGCACACCAGGAAGCCGUUCUCAGUCAGGUCUGCGAGGAGACAGAGAAAGGGAAAUGCUCCGCUGAGAUGGCAGCAGACUACGGCAGCCCGAACACGAGCUUUUCCGGAGACGUCUGUGUCCGCAAGUCCUGCCGGUUAACACGACGCCUCUCCAAAGAUCUCUUCAGCGACCCCAGUCAAGCCCCCGCAGACUCUCCGAAACCGGCCGCUCCUCACGCUGAACCGGCUAAACAUUUUAGUCUCUUCCACGGGCAAGCCAAAAAUGUGGUGGCCACCAGAAUACAAGUCCCUACGAUCUUGAUCCAGGACUUCAGUGAGGAGCCAAUGGAGGAGGAGCAGAGGAGACCAGAGAGGAGGAGGUGGUGGUUGUGGCAGCCACAGGAGCAGGAGAGAAGAGAUGAAGAGGAGAGGAAGAGAAGAGAGAAAGAGACCAAGAAGAAGAGAGAGAGGAGGAAACCCCAGACGAGGGGUAAAAGCUUUCAGGUCCAAAGAGAAACAAUGAAAAGUUCUUUUUCCUAUUCCGAGUCUUACUUUUAAAACAUUCCCUUUUCUUGGAAAAUCUGGGUUUAUUCAAAGCUCCUCAAAAAAACUCAAGUGCUUUGCUUCUCUUCAACAUGAUCCCCAAAGGUCACACUGUCGUACAAUAAUAAUAGUAAUAAUAAUAAUAAUAAAAAAAUAUAUAUUUUACACACAUGCAUGCUGGUUGCUGUUAGCAUUAUUAGCAUUAUUGUCUCUAAACUAAAAAAGGAAAUUUAGGCUUUACCACUGAAAGUAACACUUGGUCUAAAGCUUCUCGUCGUCCUCACUAUCACUGGCCAGCACUUCCUGGUUGGUGGUCUGUGAAGAUGUAGGCAGCACUGAUCCGAAGAACAAGGAGCAGAACUGCGGCGGAACACAAGAAAGGGGAAAUAGAAUAAAAUCAUUCCGUGCUGUGUCCCCACGAGCCAAACGCCACGACCGUGGAACCUCCAAAACACGCGGUCCUUGAUACCACGCUGUGACUCCCAAGUUGCUCUGAAUUCCAAAGUGGUUUUCCCAGAUAGAAAAUCAUGCAAACUCGGUUCGUCUAGGCCAGGGGUGGGCAAACUACGGCCCGGGGGCCACAUCCGGCCCGCCAAGUGUUUGAAUACGGCCCGCCCAAUCUUUCCAAAGUAUUUCAUUUAAACUCAACAUACAACCUGGCAUCAUGGCCUGAGCCAACCUUUUGAUGGUCGUAUCA